UGCAUUCUGGGAAAUCGAGUUUAUGAUCGUUUAGGAAAGAUGGCAGGCGUGCAGCCGCCACCCCUCCGCAGCCUGGAUGAUUUUCUCUUGUGCUCGGCCCGGUUCGCAGUGCCCGAUGUGCGCGACCUGGACCGCUGGAACAACCGCAUCAUCAACAACCUGCUGUACUACCAGAGCAAUUAUCUCGUGUCCGCCCUGGGCCUCCUUCUUUUAGUGGGGUAUUUCCAGCCCUUCCAGUUGCUUGUCGGUGCAAUGGUGGUCACCUUGAUAUUCCUGGGCUUUGUCUGGGUUGCUGAGAACCAAGCUCCAGUUCGUCGUUUCCGUAGAAACCACCCAUCAAUCUCUGUGUUUGCCAUUCUCUUGGCCAGUUACUUCUUCAUAUCAGUGUUGGGAGAUGUGGCCGUGUUCCUGUUUGGGAUAGCCUUCCCUAUAAUGAUGGUUCUGGUCCACGCGUCGGUGAGGCUGCGCAGCCUGAAGAACAAGCUGGAGAACAAACUGGAGAGCAUCGGUCUGAAGAGGACGCCCAUGGGACUCCUGUUAGAAGCCCUGGGACAGGAACAGGAGGCUGGAUCCUAGAGAGACAGAGGAAGAGGAGAUGUGCAGGGGUGGGAGGUAGUUAGAGUGCCAUCUGAAGCAAAUGGCAAGAGAAAUGGGAAGUGGAAAUGGGAAGAGGAGAGGAAAAACAUAGGAGGCGAAUUACUGCAGGGAAAGUAGAGAAGAAAGUAGAAAGAAAGAGUCAGGUUUGGUUUGUUAAAAAGAACUAAUUGGCAGGAAGAGACCUGUUCUCUGGUCCAGAUGAAAAACAUAGAAAUCAUCCUAACAAACAAAUGAUCAAGUCAUCCCUGAUCUGUUUUUGCACUUUAGGCAGGAGCAGAAUCUUGUGGUAUUGAACUAACUUGACCUGCAUUGACUGACUUCAAAUGAAUUCCAUUUUCAUUAAGUGUUUACAAUAGUGUGUGUUCCAUCCAAGUUACUUCAAUGCUUAAAUGAGGUGAAAUUAGAAGGAAAUGGGAGGUUUUAUAUGAAGAAUAAGCUCCUUCAAUCUGACAGAGUUGAUACAGGACCAACAGGAGCAGAUAUGUGAAGGAAACAAAUUCCCUGUUUUAGAUGAAAACAUUUCAGUUACCACAUUUCUAAGCCUGUAUUUAUCCAGAAUAAAAGGCUUCACUGAUAGAGCUGCCCAUUAGGCCUACAGUCCUCCACUGCUGGUCGUCCAGUGCUGGCAACUGGGAGAAGCUCUACUGGAGCAAAUUAAUAACUUUGAACUUAUGCUUAAUUCCUUCAUAACUUGUUAAAUUACCACUAAGUGUGUUGGUCGCUGUGCUAACACUUGUGGGAACUGUACUUUGUAAUUUUCUGUGUUUUUAGCCAUGCUAGCGAUGUGGCUCCUGGGAUGGCAAUGUUGGUCAGUCCACCACUUUGGUCCAAAUAUCUGAAAUAUCUCCACAGAUAUUGAAUGAUCUGCGAUGAUGAUAUGUAUGGUGCCCAGAGGAAGAAGCCGACUGACAUUACUGAUCCUCUGACUUGUCUUAGCAGGCACCAUUAGGUAAAAGUUUUUAAUUAUCCAAUGAAAUAUUUCAAUAUCUAUU